UGAACUCUUGUCACGGGCAAAAUUAAUUCCUAGACGGUUUGAACUCGUCAUUUUCUGUCAAACUUUUCCCCACUCAAUUAUCCCACUUUCUUAUCUCCAGUCUCCUCCUCACCGUCUGCAGCGGAACCGUUGGAAUCCAAGCUAGCAAUUAGCAAUUAGCAAUUAGCAAUUUCUGCUCUUGCCAAGCCAUUUGUGGUCAGUGAUAACUUCAUCCACAACUAUUUCCUACCCCAACUCUACUGUCGAGAUGCCUUCAAAGUCCAAGAAGCAAUCAAAGACGCCUUCUAGACACUCAAAUUCUGACCCGUCAGCUUCUCCACGGACACCAUCUGUGACUUCUGUAGAUGCACAAGUUGAUGAAGAAGAUCUUAGGGGCUUUCUUGAUGAAGUUUCGAGGCAAUAUCCUUCUCUUAUUGGAAAAUCGGCUUUCAUUGGCAGAGUUAAUCAUGUUGACUCUGAAACUAGAAGCUGUAAAAUUUGGCUGUCAGAAUCUUCUGUGGUUGCUUCUUAUCUCACCCCUGGUUCAUUAGUAUCGGUCUCACUUGCUGCUUUAAAAAAUAAACAUUCAAAUGGCUUUCCUCUAAGUUCAGUAACAGAUGAAUAUGAUCUACCUUUUGGUGUUGGUUCAGCCGAUGAAAUUGCAAAAGAAGCUGGAAACUACUUUGCACUUGCAACAGUUUUUCCCUCUUGUAAGGUUUUGAAGAAUGGAGUGAGACUGUCUUCAAGCCUUUCAUAUGCGCUGGGUUCUCCCUCUUCUGGCAGCAUUGUUUUUGUUUACCCCAUACAAAGUGAAUUUCAAACUGGUCUUAUAAAUGGGAGUGAAAGGGGACAUAACCUAAAUGCUAAUUGCCUCUCAUUGUAUGGCUGCCAGCAAUUGCAUCUAGAGCCGACUUCUAAGAAUACGGUAAAUACAAACUAUGAUUUGCAAUCUAAAAUGGAAUGCUCGGCUGGAAAAACUCAUGAGAAUGGAAUAACAUCAUCUCCUAAGACGCCAUUAUAUCAGCCUAAGUUGAGUUCUCUUCGUUCUACUCGGUUAGAUUCACCCUUUUGUGAAGGAUCAGCAUCAAAUAUCUCCAAACCAAAUGGUCUAUGUUCUGAUUCAUUUGAUGUUAAAGAGAUAUUAAGGGAUGAAAGUUCUAAGAAACUCCUAGAGGCAUGUGCUACUUCAUGGUUGUAUUCACGUAAUCUAUUGCGUGGAAAUAUUGUGGCAAUUCCAAUACUUUCAGAGCUUUGCAUUUUCCGUGUGAUAGGUGCUGGUAUCAGUAAUCAGGAUUUGACAAAUGGAAAUAAUCAUAGCUUGGCCCCACAAACUCUUGAACCGACGGUGCAUGUGAAUAGUGCUUUUGUUAUUGACCACAAGUCUAAAGUAUACUUAUGUUCGCCAUCGGAUUUGUCUUCUGAAAAUCAAUUUGAAAGACCUUCACCAUGUGUGCAACAUGACCUUGGAGAUGUGAAAACAAUUGUGGAGCAAGAUAUUUCAGAACUGGGUGGCUUGUCUAGAGAAUAUGCAAUAUUGAGGGAAAUCAUUUUCUCAUUGGUGAAGAAUGCUUUAUCAAGUUUUGGUUUGCAAACUACGAAAGGAGUACUUCUUCAUGGUCCACCUGGAACGGGAAAGACUUCUUUGGCACGGCUAUGUGUCCGUGAUGCUGGUGUUAGCCUCUUCUGUGUUAAUGGACCUGAGAUUGUUAGUGAAUAUCAUGGAGAAAGUGAGCAAGAAUUGCACAAAGUUUUUGAGUCAGCUAUACAGGCUGCACCUUCUGUGUUAUUCAUUGACGAGUUAGAUGCCAUAGCUCCUGCACGAAAAGAAGGAGGCGAACAGCUAUCCCAAAGAAUGGUUGCUACGUUGUUGAAUUUGAUGGAUGGGGUUAGUACAACUGAUGGAGUACUUGUCAUUGCGGCUACCAACAGGCCUGAUAGCAUUGAGCCUGCACUUAGACGACCUGGAAGAUUUGACAGGGAACUUGAGAUAGGUGUGCCAUCUCCAAAGCAACGACUAGAUAUACUGCACACUCUUCUCAGAAAAAUCGAUCACUGCAUUUCAGAUAUUCAAGUUCAGCAACUUGCCAUGACUACACAUGGUUUUGUGGGUGCUGAUCUAGCUUCCCUUUGUAAUGAGGCAGCCCUAGUUUGUCUUAGGCGUUACUCUAAAUUUAAAGUUUCUUCUCAUGGUCAGAAAUCUUUUAGAAUGCCAAUUACAUAUGUAGGCCUGUCAGGCAAUAAUAUGGAGGGAAUGGAAUGUACAAGUGUUUUAAGAGACAUUUCAACUAGUUUUUUAGAUUCUUCAUCUUCUUGCAAAUUGCCUGAUUCUUCUGAGGCAGUCUUACGAACAACAGCUAGUAUCCAGAAUGGCAUUGACAAUAUUUCUGAAGGGACAUCUUUGGUGAAAGAAAAUUGCCUACUAAGAGUGGUGUUUGAAGAUUUUGAGAAGGCCAGGAUGAAAGUGAGACCGAGUGCCAUGCGUGAGAUCAUACUUGAAGUUCCAAAAGUUAAUUGGGAAGAUGUUGGUGGUCAAAGGGAGGUCAAAACUCAGUUGAUGGAAGCUGUUGAAUGGCCUCAAAAACACCAGGAUGCAUUUAAGAGGAUUGGUACACGGCCUCCCACAGGGGUGUUGAUGUUUGGACCUCCUGGUUGUAGCAAAACCCUUAUGGCUCGUGCUGUGGCUUCGGAAGCUGGAUUAAAUUUUCUAGCAGUGAAAGGUCCAGAACUUUUCAGCAAAUGGGUUGGUGAAUCUGAGAAGGCAGUGAGAUCCCUUUUUGCAAAGGCAAGGGCUAAUGCUCCAUCAAUCAUAUUUUUUGAUGAAAUUGAUAGCCUCGCCGUAGUUCGUGGGAAGGAUACUGAUGGGGUUUCAGUUUCUGAUAGGGUCAUGAGUCAACUUCUUGUUGAGUUGGAUGGUUUGCAUCAAAGAGUUGAUGUUACGGUUAUUGCAGCCACUAAUAGACCAGACAAGAUUGACCCUGCCCUUCUAAGACCAGGACGUUUUGAUCGACUGUUAUAUGUUGGACCGCCAAAUGAGAAUGACCGUGAAGAUAUAUUUCGUAUCCAUUUGUGCAAAAUUCCUUGCAGCACUGAUGUCAGCUUAAAAGAGCUUGUUCAUCUCACGGAGGGCUGUACUGGUGCUGAUAUAUCAUUGAUUUGCCGAGAGGCAGCUGUCAUAGCUCUUGAGGAGAGCCUUGAUGCUGAAGAAGUAACAAUGCGCCAUUUGAAAGCUGCAAUCAGACAAGCACGACCAUCGGAGUUUCAGUUGUAUCAAGAGCUAUCAGCAAAAUUUGAAAGGCUUGUUUACUCCAGCUCUGUAGAAAAGAAAUUAGGAUCUCAACAGUCCUCAACUAGAUCAACUGCGUUCACCUUUUGGCAGGCCGUAAUAAAGUCCGUCUCACAGCUAUUUGCAAAGGAGCCUUCAUAGGAUCAACUUUGCUUUCCGAAAGGAGUAACUAUUUUGAGUUAGUUUUGGCAGUAAGAUUGAGUUUCAACUUGCAAGUCCAUCGAUGAAGAUGCAUU